GGAGGGAUGUCUUCGGCCAGCUCCGCUGACAUGAUCGAAACCUCCCCGGUGCUCAACUUCGAAGAAAUCGACUACAAAGAGAUCGAGGUGGAAGAGGUUGUUGGAAGAGGAGCCUUUGGAGUGGUAUGCAAAGCAAAAUGGCGAGGAAAAGAUGUGGCCAUUAAACAAAUAGAGAGUGAAUCUGAACGAAAAGCCUUCAUUGUAGAGCUUCGACAGUUGUCACGUGUGAACCAUCCUAAUAUUGUCAAGUUAUACGGAGCUUGUCUGAACCCAGUAUGUCUUGUUAUGGAAUAUGCUGAGGGAGGCUCUCUUUAUAAUGUCCUACAUGGUGCGGAACCUCUGCCUUACUACACUGCUGCACAUGCAAUGAGCUGGUGCUUGCAGUGUUCCCAAGGAGUGGCAUAUCUUCACAGCAUGAAACCGAAGGCUCUUAUUCACAGGGACUUAAAACCACCAAAUUUGCUCUUGGUAGCAGGGGGGACGGUUUUAAAAAUCUGUGAUUUUGGCACAGCUUGUGAUAUUCAGACGCACAUGACCAACAAUAAGGGAAGUGCUGCUUGGAUGGCACCAGAAGUAUUUGAAGGUAGCAAUUACAGUGAAAAAUGUGAUGUAUUCAGUUGGGGUAUUAUUCUGUGGGAAGUGAUAACUCGUAGGAAACCUUUUGAUGAGAUUGGUGGUCCUGCUUUUCGAAUCAUGUGGGCAGUUCAUAAUGGUACUCGGCCACCACUAAUUAAAAAUUUACCUAAGCCUAUUGAGAGCUUAAUGACUCGUUGUUGGUCAAAAGAUCCUUCGCAACGACCUUCCAUGGAGGAAAUUGUCAAAAUAAUGACACAUUUGAUGCAGUACUUUCCAGGAGCUGAUGAACCUCUACAGUAUCCUUGUCAAUAUUCUGAUGAAGGCCAAAGCAACUCUGCUACUAGCACAGGUUCAUUCAUGGAUAUGACUUCAACGAACACCAGUAACAAGAGUGAUGCUAACAUGGAACCAAAUGAUUUUCAAGGAACUGCCACCAAUGACACUAUUAAACGCCUAGAAUCAAAAUUGGCCCAGCAGAUGAAAAAUUCAGCAAAGCAGUCGGGAGAACCUGGCCGCUUGAGUUUACCUCCAUCUCGUGGUAGCAGCGUGGAAAGUCUGUCAGAUGUUCGCGGACGGCAACAGUCUACCCUUGUUUCAGGAGAAAGCAAGCGAAUGAGUGCCGAUAUGUCUGAAAUAGAAGCAAGAAUUGCUGCUACCACAGCCUUUUCCAAACCCAAACGAGGCCAUCGUAAAACUGCUUCAUUUGGCACCAUUCUGGAUGUCCCAGAGAUCAUCAUACCAGCAGGCAACGGGCAACAGAGGCGCAGAUCCAUUCAGGACCUUAGCAUUGCUGGAACAGAAUCCAACCAGGAGAGUAGAAACAGCAGUAGAUCAUCUAGUCCUAGUGUGAGAAUGAUCACUACCUCGGGACCAACCUCUGAAAAGCCAGCUCGUAGUCUUCCGUGGACUCCCGAUGAUUCUACGGAUACGAAUGGGUCUGAUAACUCCAUCCCAAUGGCGUAUCUUACAUUAGACCACCAGUUGCAGCCUCUAGCACCAUGCCCAAACUCAAAAGAAUCUAUGGCUGUGUUUGAACAACAUUGUAAAAUGGCACAAGAAUACAUGAAAGUUCAGACAGAAAUUGCGCUGCUGCUGCAAAGAAAGCAAGAACUAAUAGCAGAACUGGACCAGGAUGAAAAAGACCAGCAAAACACAUCACGUCUGGUACAAGAACAUAAAAAGCUUUUAGAUGAAAACAAAAGCCUUUCCACGUAUUACCAGCAAUGCAAAAAACAAUUAGAAGUCAUCCGAAAUCAGCAACAAAAACGUCAAGGGACAUCAUGAUUCAAUGGGACUUCAAAUUGACAAUGAUGCACAGAAAACUUUUUUCUUUCUUUUUUUUAAAUUAUCCUAUAAUAUGACAACUCCUGAGUGUUUCCUUAUUGGUGUGUGCUGAAUGUGUAGACUUACCUGCUGCUCUUCCAGCAUCAGUUCAAUAUUCUUUUUAUUUGGGUGAACAUUGAGUUGUUUGAGAAAGGUAAGAACAGCAACCUGAAUGAUCAGCAGCACUAAACAUAAAGCAAAAUGCAAUGAACUCUGGCUGUUUGCA